AUGGGCUGCUAUUACGCCACCAAGGGCAAGCCUGAGGGCGAUCUUAAUCCAGCACAGCUGGAAGCUUUUGAGAAGAUCGAUACCCUCUUUAAAGGCGCUCUUCUGAGUGUUCUUGAUGACUCCAUUGUGGAUUCCUAUAUGUCGUUUGACAACGGCAAGGACAUGUGGGAUGUGCUCGAGGCGAAGUUUGGUGCCUCGGACUCCGGCAGCGAGCUAACCAGUCUGAAUUUUGAGAUCACCAACCUGUCUGCAUAUAUAGCUAAGCUGCAGCUUCGGUUUCCUAAAGCCAUUUCCUCCACCAUGUCCUCAUACAACACGUCGUUUCAGCCCGGAGAGGCCGUGGCCCCGUGCUGCAGCACAACGACGCUGCUCAGCGCGUUGGCGGCAUCCUUCGCCUGCUGCUUCUUCCUCGUCGUCAUCUUCCUCUGCCUGCGCUUCCUCCACCUUCGCCGCACGCGGCGCCACAGCGCACAGCCCCUGCAAGGGCAGCUCCAGGCCCCACAGCCCAAGCACGGCCUCGACGCCGCCACCAUCGCGCUCUUCCCGUCCUUUCCGUACCGGCGGGACAGCUCGGCAUCGGCGCCGGACGAGUGCGCCGUGUGCCUCAGCGCGGUCGACGAGGGGGAGACGGUGAGGCAGCUCCCGAGCUGCAAGCACCUGUUCCACCAGGAGUGCGUCGACGUCUGGCUCCUGUCCAACGCGUCGUGCCCGGUCUGCCGUGGGAAGGUCGAGCGGGCCGCGGGCGCCGAUCAGCACGAGAGAGCUGCGGCAUCAGCAGCCGUCGUGCCAAUUGAGAUGAUGGACGAUGAAACGCCGUCGACGUCAGAGCCGUCCGUGCCGGAGCGGCCGGGCUGGUUUGGCGGGCGAGCCUCCGGCUCCCGCUCCGGCCAGGAAACGGACUUGGAGCGGCAAUAGCAGUCAUUGCCCGGGGAGUCCAGCUCUCCUAGAUAUGAUUGCGCGAUCUGUUGAAGUAGGUACUAGGUAGCAACAGGUUCGUCAUUCGUAUGUGCAGAUUGCAGAGAGCUUGUUGGCAGCACGCAUUUUAUUCGGUCGGAGUAAACGAUCAGGAUUGCUAUCCUAACUUGCAUCCGCACUUCGUUCAUUUUAUUUUGCUCUGUGUUAUUUGGCUUCACAAAUGACUAAACGAGUAAAAAAAAUAUAGUGCUCACCAGUACGGGCCCAAA